CUCUCGUGUGUCUCCACGCAUCUCAACCCCUUUCGCCCGCCAUGCUCCAAUGAACCUAUCGCCAUGCCACCGCCGGCUUCUGCUGCAGCGGACCCCACUUCGGGCUCCAACCUGCGGCGUUCAUUCACCCUCCCCGCGCGCAUAGCCCAAAGGUCCCAGUCCUCUUCCCCUUCCACUCGAAGCGCGGAUGGCAUCGAAACACUAUUCACAUGCUCCUUCUCCAAGAUUGUCUCCUUCACUGCAUCCACGCAGCGGCAGGCCGCUGAAAACCUCGAUGCAUCCUCUUCGAUUCCGUACAGAUCCUCCACCGAGCGCACCCUGGCAGUUGGGCCGCUUCGAAUCUACCGCGUGACCAGUUCGAACGUAUCAUUUCUGAACUCGGGCAAUCUGCUCCAUACCAUCUUCCCGAGAUCGCAGUGUUGGUGUGUAGACGGACAGUCCAUCUUUGUGCUUCGCAUUCGGCAGGACUCAUACUACCGGAUCGAACUACCGUUUGAUUCCGAGGAGGACAAGCAAAAGGUCGAAGAGAUCAAGGUAGUCUUUGCACAGGUGUUGCAGUACGAGAAAACGCGAUGCCCGUUCACGAGCGGAUCCGACGAUGAUCGGCCAGAGCGUCCAAUUACCCCGCCGCGCCCACGCUCAAGUAGACCUGCUGCAAAAGCAAAGAAAUGGUUGUUUGACAAGACCUGGAUGCCCGAAGACGGCUCGGGAUCUACGACUCCGCUGCCGGAAGGUUCCGACUCUGGUACCAAUGCCACCUAUGAGGAAGAGGAUGGUGUCAGUAUCUUAUCCGACAGAGAUGAGUCAGUGACAGAGUCUCCCGCAACACCUGCUGCUUCUAUUCUGCCGGAACGUGUUCGCCUCCCAUCUGUGCGGGAGCGAGCCCAACAGUUUCAGGGCUCUCGAUCAGUAACUGCGCCACGGGAGUACCGAGCAUCUUCCCUUCCUCGACAGGCUAUGUCCGGAAGCUCUCCCUUCGUGGAUACCGAAAAUGUAUCAUUGAAGGAAGAGGACAACUUGAAGGACUCCGUCGAUACCCUCAGUCUGUUAUCAAGCACAGACUCUUUCCUCACAGCGACUCAGGAAACCCCUUCCCCGCAAUAUCUGGAUGCUGAAGCUGAGCUUGUCAACCCCUGGGCUAGUGAUCCUCUUCAGCAACGAGAACCCGAGGAGGAGAGGGGUCGGGAACGCCAUCGUCGCGGUCCCUCCGAAGUGACCGUAACACGACUUUCAUUGGAACAAGUCGCGGCACCUGCGUCACCAACGCUGAUAGAAACCACGCCCUCCGUAGUGACGCCCACGACUGACGCUCAUCCGUCAUCAGUGCCAUGUACACCACCCCUUAUCAACGAUUCCGACGAGGACAGUCUGGAGCUGGAUAUAUCCACUCCCCCGGACGCAAUCCGGAUGAAGAGAUUGACAGGAGCGUCACAAAAGCGGGCAUUUUCACCGAUGCCAAACCCUCACAACAUAUUCAAGCCUCCUCCGAAUCAAGCGCCAAGCAGCCAUCUUACAGCCGCACUGGUCAGGAAGACGUGCGAACUCAUACUUGGCCCACCAGCUCACUUGGUCACCCUCAUGCUUAAGAUUGCCGCACGGAUCUCUGAGGGAGCUUUUGGCUUCAAAACCUACCGUAUUCGUCAUACAACUGAGAAGAUCCCUUGUUCAUGGGAAUCAAGCGGAGACGAAGAUGAGUGGGAAGACGACUACGGAAUACCGUUGCGGACUCUUGAUCAUACGACGCACAAGAGAAGGCAAUUUUCCACGGAGACGGAUUAGUUGGGAGGUUCUCGCAACUAUCUUUGCAUUUUGAUGAUACCACGCAUUUUACCAUCCGCGGCAUUGCAUAGAGCGGGUCAGGUCACCUGCCUUAUGAAUCUGAGCAGAGCACAUUGUAUGAUAUGGGAACUACUUGAUAUGCCUUUGUAAUAAUGUCCUUGAGGCGGUUGGACUUUAUUUUGGGAGCUAGUUGUGGUUCUUGCACGGGUUGAAUGCAAUGGCUAUAUAUAGGACAUAGGACCGUCAAGGCAAUAGUACUGCCGACGGCGGGAAUGAAUUGAAGGAUGAUCACACCUGAAACAGCAAUAUCCC